AUGACUUCCGAAACACCAACUAAUCGACGACGGCUGAAUGCCUCAUCCUCAUCCGAUUCUGCCGCAGUCUCUGGCUCGCCAACCUUUGCCCCCGAUGUUGCAGAAAACCUUGAGCUUCACAGUCUGCUGGAUCCUAUCGCUGACGGCAAAGCCUCUCCAAAUGCCACAGCUCUCCAGCCCAAUCUCGACUUCGCCGAUAGUGAGCUGAAAAGAAUGCUUUCAAUUCGCAACCCGAUCUCGACAUUAUCUACCGCCGCGGAACGCCACAACCAGGCUCAAACAAUUGGUACUGAAUCGUUUAAAAAGAUUGGCGCAGGUGCUUAUGGCACUAUUCUUGCCCAAGAUGGGAAAUUAAUUGUUUUCAAACUGGCAAAGAGUGGCGACGACGAUGCCUUGCGGAAUGACUACGAAAAGCAUUCGUUGAUUGCCCGCUACUUCAACAAGUAUAGUGUUAAUGAACUUGGAAUCCCCGAAUGCAUCGACUUUAUUCCCAAAAGCAAUAUAGAGUUCUUCAGCCAACGCCCUAGCCUUACUCAAGCUGCCGAAGCAUUAUGCUACUUCCCGACAGGCGCUCUGAUCUCCGAAAGAAUCCUACCUCUUCCACUACCUGUUCGACAACUUCUGAUCGACAAGUAUUGCAGCGAAAAAAUUAAAGCCGAGGCACUUUGCGCAGUUGCAAAUAAGGAUUGCCUGAUCCGGGUUUACCUAGGCUCAAUGGCAGGACGAGGAAUAGGAAAAUUCUUCUCGCUACGGAACUUUAAAAUGCAUCUCGGUAUGAUGCAUAGCAUCCAACUUGACGUUGAUGGGAUGGCUCGCAGAAUGGGCAUUGCUAUGGCAGUUAUGCAUUGGGCGGCCAUGACAGAUGCCCGAGAUGUUGAGUUUAUUCUUGGCAGCGCUACAGCAAAAACUACAAUUCAAGGCUCGCCAUCCUCUUAUACACUUAAAGACUUGUCGCAGAGAGUUACACAACUCUGGGUCCUGGAUUUUAAUCAAGUGCGAAGCAUUACCAUGGAUGCAGCUGGUGUCAAUCAAGCUGUUGAGGCUGCAAUCAUCAACGACCCAUACAUUCCGAGGCCAUUAAGAAAUUCCAGCAUCGAGAGAAGUGUGUGGAGUUCAUUCGUCAAGAGCUAUAUCGAGGCAUCCGACAUGAUUAUUCAGGACCAGCAUGAUCCCGGCAUGGCAGAGUUACCACGAAUGUUUAUUCAGGGGUUCAUUGACGUGGUCAGGCAAAUGAGUUUGUCACAGCAUAAAUAG